GCAAUAGUUGCUGUGUGAAAUCCUUUACUUUUAACAUGCUAGCUGAGAUUUAAGACGGAAACUGGAAAGACAGUGCGUGGAGCCAUGCCACCCAAGUUUAACGAGCGCGUGGCAGCAGGCCUCGCGAGCCUGUUUGGCGACAAUGAUUCCACCGACUGCUCUAUUGUAUUCACAUUAUCUCAGCCAGGAAACGCGAAGUCGACGGCCCAUGCUGCAGGCAGAGCUGCAGGCCCCUCGGGCGCAGCCAGGCGCAAGAAACGCAAGGCGGACAAGCUAGCCCAGGAGCAUGAGGACAGGGCCGAGCUCGAGGCGGGCGUGCAGGUCGUGGGCGAACCCCUGCCUGCACACACCAUCGUGCUUCGCUUGGCGUCGGAGCGCUUCAAGACGCAGGUGGAGCGGUGGUCGGCAGACCCGUCCGGCCGCGCUGGGCCCAGCAGUAAGCGGCAGGCGGUGGCUGCCGGGUUGCCCCAGCAGGGGGGUGGAGGAGGGCGGCCGCAGCCACAGCCGCAGCCCCAGCGGCCGCCGCCACUGCAGCUGCGUGUGCCGCUGGGCAGUGAGGAGGAGCUGCCCGCAGCACUCGCAGCCAUCAAGUUCGCCUACACGGGGCGGAUAGAGGCGGGCAGCAUCACAGAGGCGCUGCAGGUGCGGCAGCAGGCGGACUACCUGCAAAUGGAGGGGUGCGUGGAGGCGUGUGUGGCGGCGGUGCGGGAGAAGCUGGCGGCACCCGUGGCGGCAGCCGCUGGUGUAGGAACAGCGGCGGGCGCCGCCGGGGCCUCAAGCAGCGCGGGGGCCACCAGCAGCGCAGAGCAGGCGCCUCCCGUGCUACAGCUAUACGGCUGCGCACAGCUAUGGCCAGACCCAAAGCAGGAGCCGGCGUUUGCGGCGCUGCUGACGGAGGCCAAGCCGCAGCUGGUGGCGCACUUUGGGGACGCGCUGGCGGUGCUGAACAAGCAGCAGCUGUAUGACCAGAUGCGGGCGCUGCCGGCUGUGGGCCUGGAGGCUCUGCUGGAGUCCGACGACUUCGGCACCGACAGCGAGAGCAGCGUGGUGCUGGUGCUGGCAGAGUGGAUGCAAGUGAACUACGGCACCACGGACGCGGCCACGCGGUGGCGGCUGUUUGGGCUGCUGCGGCUAUCACAGUGCAGCCGCGCCUACCUGGACUGGGUCCUGUCCGCACUGGCGCUGAACCACCACUGCCACCCUGACAGCCAGGCGGGCUGGUUCUGGAUCACGCCAGAACAGGCCAGCUUCAUCGCGGCCUACGCAGCGGCCGCCUCAGAUAACGACAGGGCAACGCUUCACCAGGGCCUCACGUGUGCCUGGAUCUGCGGCAUAGACAGGGCACCAGGGCAACCGGCGCGGCCUCCAGCGGCGUGGCUCCAGGGCAGGCGUCGGCGCCAGUGCGUGCCACCGGAGGGACUCAGAUUCAGCUGGACUUGCAGCCCAGUACAGCUGCAAGGAAGUCACUGGUUGAGCCUGGGCAUUGUGGGCACGCCACAUGCGUGCAGCGUCGCGGCGAUGGGGCUGCAGUGGUUUCCCAGAAUCCACCACGUCCAGGGCCGACCAGCCGCUAACAUAAACCUCAAGCCGGACGUGCCCGCGGCCUACCAGCAGGGACAGCAGCGCACGGUGCGGCUGCGUGGCGCUGACUGGGGCUUUCCACGCCCAGUUGCGAUGCUGGACGCCGCACUGUACCUGCACAGGCGGCUUGGCGGUGGACAACGAGAGGAGGCGCAGGUGCUGACGACCAGCUCUGAAAAGCUGGAACUGACGGGGCGUGGCGGGUGGACCUAUGACUGCAUCAAGCUCACACAAGCGCCCGCCCCGCCCCAGCCACAGCAGCAGGAGCAGCGGGGACAGGGGCAAAAGACGCAGAAGCAGACGGAGCAGGAUGUGCGGGCGCUGGUUGAGGCGCAGUGGGCCGAUUACCUGGAAGGUGGUGUCAUCACGGGCUGCCUCAACAUCAUGCGGCCCGCAUGAUUGCGGCGCAACCGAGGAGGCAGGGUUGGUGUGGGGAGCAGGGGCGUUCCAGGCGGUGCGGCGGGGCAAAGGGCAGUGAGGGGCAGUGCUGUCGACACGCAGUAAGGCCCACUGAUUUUGGCAAAUGCGGACGGCAGCGGCCACCCGCGCAGGUGUGUGUGUGUGUGUUAAAGAGCACAAGGAAAACAUUACGCGUAGGACAGUGUAUGCGCAGGUGUGUGUGUGUGUGUGUAUGUGUGUGUGUGUAUGUGUGUGUGUGUGUGUGUGUGUGUGUGUGUGUGUGUGUGUAUGUGUAUGUGUGUGUGGGGGGGGGGCGAGCGUGUGCGUGUCACGAACGGUGUGUGCCGAGGCGGGCAGCCCCAGUGCUGUGCGCCCAUGGCCAUGAUGGCUGCAGAGCGAGUGUGUGGACGACUCUCCGUAUGACGCUACAUGUCGUGCUGGGCACCGGUGGCGCUGGUGUUCUCCAGGCGGCGGGGAAAACUCGGGCGUCUGCAACGACUGCUUGACGACCUGGAACCGCGACGUCUCCGCCGCCAACGUGAUCCGUGUGCUCCUCCUGCUGAAGCUGAUGGGCUUCGAGCGGCCGACCAAGCUGCAGCGGCCGCCAUGGCCGCCGCCGGCGGCGGGGCCAGGCUGAGAGCCUGAACGGCGCUAGCAGGGCGUGGGGCUGAGGGUGCACGUGUCGGUUGGCGGCGAGUGACGUGACUAGUUUGUUAGCUGCGGGUUAGCACGGACUGUGCAACCCACCCAACCGGCCAUGUCCGGAUUUGCGGGGAUGCCAAAGGCCCCCAACAUAGAGGCGUGUGCUUAGUAGGCGCCCGCGUCAAGGUGGCUGGGUUGAUAACGACCCGGGAUCAGCCCUUUUCCUGCCUCCCUAAGGCAGCCACCUCCUUGUUCUUGCAAUGAUCGUGUGGGUUUUGCUGCUUGGGCGAGCACCUGGGAUUGAGUAGGGAGGGAUGUGUCCAUACCUUAGCCAUCCAUCGGUCCGCGACCUGCUGGAACAGGUUGUGUGGGACAGGGCGUGUUGCUGGCUUGGGGCUGUUGCAGUGUUGCUUUUGUGCGAGCGCUACGCGGGGCUGAUUACUAUUUAAUUGGUCGCGGGUUGGUGUCUGAGGCUCCAGCGGACCGGCCACACUGCGGCACGGGCUGACUGACUCGGUCUGACCGGUAGGGGGUUGACUUCAAAAAGGCAAAGCAAGUGCCUAAUGUAUGAUAUACAGAAUUG